CGUGGCUGGCUGGCUGGCUGGCUGUGGGGGUUGCAGCAGGCAGGCUGAGGGAGAGAAGGCAGGCAGGCAGCAUCAUGGCGGACAGAGACAGUGGAAGCGAGCAAGGAGGAGCACCUACGGGCCCGGGCGCCGGCUCUUUACACCCAGCGGCGGGCGGGGCGGGUUCGGCUUCCGGGCUGCAGCAUGAGACGCAAGAGCUCGCCUCCAAGCGGGUCGACAUCCAGAACAAGCGUUUCUACCUGGACGUGAAGCAGAACGCGAAGGGCCGCUUCCUGAAGAUAGCUGAGGUCGGGGCCGGGGGCAACAAGAGCCGCCUGACUCUCUCCAUGUCUGUGGCCGUGGAGUUCCGCGACUACUUGGGAGACUUCAUCGAGCACUACGCCCAAUUAGGGCCCAGCAACCCAGACAUGGCACAGGACGAACCCAGACGGGCGCUGAAGAGCGAGUUCCUGGUGCGGGAGAAUCGGAAAUACUACAUGGACCUCAAAGAGAACCAGAGAGGCCGGUUUCUGAGAAUCCGCCAGACGGUGAACCGGGGCCCGGGUUUGGGCUCCUCGCAGGGCCAAACCAUCGCCCUCCCCGCACAGGGACUCAUUGAGUUUCGCGAUGCCUUGGCCAAGCUCAUCGACGAUUACGGGGUGGAAGAAGAGCCCGCCGAGUUGCCCGAGGGCACCUCCUUGACUGUUGACAACAAACGCUUUUUUUUUGAUGUGGGCUCCAACAAGUACGGGGUGUUUAUGCGGGUGAGCGAGGUUAAGCCCACCUACCGCAACUCCAUCACCGUCCCCUACAAAGUGUGGGCCAAAUUCGGGAACACUUUCUCUAAAUACGCGGAGGAGAUGAAGAAGAUCCAGGAGAAGCAGAGAGAGAAAAGGGCAUCGGAGCUGCUGCAGCAGCAAGAGGAGGUCCACGGGGACGACGGGGACGAAGAUUGAUACCUGUAGUGCGGAAGAAGUACACAAAAUAACAAGAGAAACGAAUAAUUAAAAAAAAAUACUUUACUGUAAAGAAUUAAAACUGUAACUGUUUAACUCCAAGGGCGCACCACCCACCCAGAUUCCACAAACUGACAGUUUGACAUGUUGACUUGUCACCCAUCGCUGGAUGUUUCCACUUAUCCACCAAUUAAACAGUAAGCAGCUGCUAAAACAAAGUAAUAACAUUAUAUAUGAACUGUGUUUCCUACUUGAUUAAUAUUAGAAGAACUGAGUGUUUAUUUCCCUAAUUAACCGAGUUUUGUACACGUUCAAGCUAUUAUAUAAAAAUAAAAAAAGUGUUUGCAAUGGUCAGAUUAUAAUAUUGCUGAAUUCUAACAGAAGAAAGUCCUUUUCAUGUGAGCUAACAUUUGACUUUAGCACAAGAGAUAUUUUAGAACACGUAAAUAAUAUUUUUGUUUUCUUUUAUCCAUUUUGUUACCAAAUUUCAAACCUUAAAUGGAGGUUAUUCUAGUAUAUCUGACACCUAUAUACCUGUGAUUAGAGAUGUGUGUAUAUCCGAGGGCUAGGCAUGCUUUGUGUCUGAGCUUUAAGUGUUAUGCAGAAGUCUGUAGAGCAAGGUACAUAGGUUUAAUUCGUGCAAGGUAAACUAUAAGAGCUCUUUUUUGUACAAUAUGCAUUGCACCUGGACCAUAAACAUAAAACUGGUCACAGUGGAACAUCUGUGAACAUGAUGAAAAUGAUAUAACAAAACAAACAAAAAAAAAACAUUUAAAUGAAGUGCUAAGUUGUUUGAUUUUUACAUUUUAAUGAAAUGAUUAUAAAUAGCAGAGAAAGUUAUACAUUCGCUAAGGCUGUUUUCCAUUACAUGUGAUCGCGCAAUGUACCUGUGUAACCCUAACUGUUUCAACAUGUCAAGAGUGCAGUAACUGCAUGCAGCAGUUUCUUAAUGAAGUGUAUUUUAUCAUAUCAACCAGCUAUUAGGGCUGUGCAAAAACAUGAUAAACCAUAUAACAUUUAAACAGUGAAAAAUACACAUGAUUUUGUGAAUCAGAAGUAUUAAAACAAAUGACAUGCCCACGUUUUAAGUGGGUGUAUUAAAAAAAAUAAUAACAAUCCAACACCAACAAAAAUAGAAACAUUCAGCUACUUGUAGGUAAAGUUGCACCUGUGAGAACUGCUGCAUGUACACUGUAGCAGAGCAUCGUUUGGAAAUUAGACAACCUGGUGCCUUAUGUAGUGUACAUGUUUAUAUGCCGGUUCAGUCCUUUCGAAAGCUGUGUUUGUGGUGGCAUCUAGUUUGCCACAGCAAAUGUGGUGGUUAACUACUGGAUCUUUUAAAACCCAAAGAAAGAUUGACUUUUUCAGUCACUUGAGUGAGUAUUCCUGAAUUCUCUCAUAGGCUUUCAAGGGAACCACCUUCAUGUAAACAUAGAAAAUGUCACUGCAAGGAGAGGAAGCAUGCUAUGCUUAACUGAGGUUCGACAGGAAGAGACCUGGCCAGUUUCAAGGUAGAUGACAGACGUAGAUAUAAACAGUCUCCUGUAAAGCCCUUUGUAACGUUUGCAAAUUCUGUAUGUAGGCAUAUGGCUUGGGCAGUUAUGUGUAUUUUGUGAGUUGCUAAAGAUCACGAAGGAGUAUUAUUUAGCAUGUCUAUUUUAUUUAAUUUUUUUUAAAGAGUUACUCCACAUUGUUUUGUUUUGACCAUUUUUGCUCACAGAAAAAGGUUUUGAUGAAACUUUUACUAAAUGCUACAUUUCAUUACUGUGUGCAAUACUGUAUGUCAAUGUUGGCGGUUUUCUAUGUGUAUCAAUUAAAUAUAUGAAUAAUAUUUGGAAA